CCCCGUUGCGUGCUGUGCGGCUGGGGGAGGUAGUGCAGACCGCCGCGGGCUCCAGGCCUAGCGCUAUGUGAUGAGGGGCAGGCGCACGGUUGAUGCCGCCGAAGGAUGGAUGACGCCUGUGAUUUAGACAGGCUGAGCAGUGCCCCGGGAUUCUUCAAUUCAUUAAAUCCAAAUGUCCAGCGUAAGCAACCCGUGGAGCCUCCGAUUGGGUGCAGCUUGCCGUUAGCCUCACCCCUGCAGAGCUGCAUGUCGGGUUAUGGGCAGGAUUCCUCCUCCCACUACAUUCCGCUUCGUAGACUCCAGGACCUGGCCUCCAUGAUCAAUAUGGAUGGUAUUAAUGGAUCCCAAGACACAGAGGGAAGCCGAUCAGAUGCAAACGACAAGCAUUAUUAUUUCAAUCCAAGUGAUCCGGAAAUCCACCCCGCUGGUCAGGACCCUGCAUAUCACUAUCCUCCAGAACUUCCUGGAAAGUUACCCAAAAAUGUCAAGAACGGGAUGCAUCCCUUUGAUCCAUUUUGUCAUAUGGAAGAGCCAAACUAUAGUAUGGAACCGCUAAAUUAUGAUCUAGAUGGACCUAGUUUUGGAAUAGAGUUACCAGUUUAUGGACAGCAAUCAGAAAACAAGAAUUUAGGAGAAGCAAGAUCUAAAAUGAAUACAUCUCCUGACUUUGGGUCAGAAUUAGAUGAUUUGGUUACACUAAAUUGGGAUGAUAAUAGCGAGAACACUGAAAACAGAAAUCUGGCAGCAAAGACAUCGUUUUUAGCAAUGAUUCAGGAUUCUGAAAUACCAAAUGGAUCUCACAGUAGUAUGUCUAAAGGCUUUCUGGAUGAAGGUCGGCAUCAUGAUGCUCUUCUGCAGGUAGAUAGAGUAAGUGGUCAAGAUCCACUUGCGGUGAUGCACGCGGAGGACGAAUCAUUGUCUGUUGAUGACGAUAUGGAAGCGGAUCAUGACGAUAUGGAAGCAAAUAAUGAACGGUCUCCUGAUGCAUCCGAAUUAAAUCUUAAACCAAGGAGGAAAAGGCUGACUCCUGUGAGGUAUGAAGAAGGAGAUGUCGUCUGGGCCAAAUUUAACCGGCGCCCUUGGUGGCCGUGCCGGAUCUCUGCCAAUCCUGAUCACGAUGAGCAGUCUCAAAGAAGAGAUUUUAGUAGGAAGCCUCCUCGACAGUACUAUGUGGAGACUUUGGGGGAAAUUACAGAGAGGAUCUGUGUGCCUACAAAAGCUAUUGUACGGUUCACGGGGGUACACCAGUUUGAGGUAUUGCCAGAUUUACGCCGCUCUCAAAAACAAAAGGAAAAGAACCUCAAACAGAUUCCGUCAAAGCUAUUACCCCUCUGGCAGAAAGGCAUAGCUCUUGCCCAAGAACACCAUGCCGAGACCUGCAGAAGGACUACUGAGUACGGGGACUUCGGGCAGCUUAAAGGUCACCUGGACCAGCAAGCGAAAUAUGGUUGUCCCAAUGGUGCAAAAGACAAUAUCUUGAAUGGUUGUGUGAAAUCUUCUCUGCAUAGUUCUCUUCUAAAGUCUUGCACCAAACUUGAUUCGGUGACAAAGCGUCCUAGGCCAGCUAAAAGUAGCAAACCACAGACUGAACCCCUUUCUGGAGAAUCCAGCGGAUCAGCAUCUCCUGAUUUUUGGAACAACGAAAUCAAGGAUGUAAACUGUCAGAGCCUUGACAUCAGGCAAGGGUUAAAAAAGUCCAGUACUGUUAGUAAAGAGAGAGCUUCCUGCACACCAAUAGCUGACUUGCUUUCCAGUAUUUCUUGUGACAAAUGGAAUAAGAGUACUCGUGAUGCAAGCUUGAAAUUAAAGGGGACAAAAUCUCAGAUUAACAACGAUUCUGAAACGGGUUCUACAACAACAGCUCUAUCAUUCCCUGAAAAAAGACUUGCAGAUGAGCCAGAAGACUCAUCCGAUCAGCAUCCAAAUCAGUGUGAAGGUUCUAGGGAUGAGUCCUUUGUUGGGAUAUGUAAGACUAAGAAAAGGUCAAGACAUUUAUCUGCCUCCAACUCUAACAAGAGACUUGCCAGAGCUACAGCAACUUCAGCGGGUAAUAGCAAAGCUGUCAAAACUACUAACGUUGACUUGACUUCUUCAGGUGGUAAUAUUGCAGAGCGUUCAAGUGCUCGGCAUGAUGUCCGUGUGCUACAUAAUAAACAGAAUUCACCCAAGUGUGAUGCUUCCCCUUUGGGCUCUUGUGGAAACCUAAAAAAGGCUACUAGUCCCGGCCAACAUCAUUUGAGGGAUAUGACUAGAUCUUCAGUCACUGAAACCAAAAGUGCUGUAGCACAGGAUCCUUUACCUGAAGAUUCCCUAAUGGCUUUCAAAACUGCUCCUAGGUCUCCCACUUUUUCUUCCAUUAAGACUGGUCGCGGGGAAGUAAUGAAUUUGUUAAGCAAUUUGCAUGAAAAACCUUCUUCGGAAAUAGAAACAUCUGUUGUGAAACAUGUUAUUUCUGGACUGAAGGAACUGUCCAACAGGACAGCCGGUGGGGAGGGAACCGAAGGUACGGCUUCCAAAGUAUCAGCACCUUUACUUUUCCCCUCCGCUCCGGGACACAGUCAAAUGACCUUUGAACCUAAUUAUAAAUUCAGCAGCCUGUUGAUGAUGUUGAAAGAUAUGCAUGACACGAAGGUAAAGGAGAGGCAUUUGAUGACGGGACAAAAUACAGCUUCGUACUGCAGCCAGUUGCAUGAUGAUUCCAAUGAAUGCAAUCCAGAUGUUGACUGCAAGCCUUUGCCUCCAGGUGGGGUAACCCAGAAACUGGGAAACAAAGCUGCUGACGCGAAUGACUUUGCACAUAAAGCUAUGGGUCAAACUGGCUCGCCGAAAACCACUUGUUCUGGAGACGCUGUGAGAGAACCCAAUGUUCACAGUACAAAGAGUGAGGUUCGAAAAAAAUGUCAUAAAAGUAUAAAAUUUACAAAACCUUGCAUUUUGCAGAAAAGGAGCCUUAGAGAGACAGAUCAGCUUAACGCCGAUGAUCAUUCUUCCCCGAGCAAGUGUAGUAGUUUACCUUCAGUUAGCAUUAACCAGUCGCUGCAUGUGGGUAGAGAUGAUACGUUAUCUUCUACUCUUAAGGGCACACUAACAGAUGAUUCUCUAGGACGGCCAUUUGCUGCUGAGGAUCGCAAAACACAGCUUCGCCAAAGCUUCACCGAGGACUCGGAACUGAGCAGUGAUUUCCCGGGGUGGGAUGAGUCGGACGAUGCCAAUUGUGUUGCUCCGAAAAAGCGUUGGCAGCGAUUUGGCCAAAAUGGACCACUAAAAGCGACCAACAGUUCUAGUAAACCAGGAAGGAUGUCAAAACCUAGCUCUCCUCUGACAAACAAGUGUCUUGCAGAGGGACCCAAAUUACAGCAGACCCCCCACAAUGUCAUGUCCCCUGGAUCUGAGGCUUGUGGUGUAGCCACGCAGAACAAACCGAUCAGGCGAGGAUCGAAUUUGGGAAAGAAAUACCGAAAGAGGUCAAGGAAGAGGUUUACGAAGCAUGCGAUGGAACGUGUGCAGGCCGUCGCCAGCAAGAAGAGGAACCAUAAGCACCUGGGAGCCUCUGUGCAGUCUGAAGAGAAGAGGGCAAAGACCGAUUAUCCAUUUGAAGACCUUGAUGAUAAGGGCCUUGCAUCGCCCCCCUCUCCGGCGAAUGCUGAAACAUCCCCCCAGAAAUCAGAGAGCAGAGAUCCCGAUGAAGCCUCCUCAGAGAAAACCCUUCCUGAUUCUUCUGAAGCAAGUAAUGAAACGGAUGGAUCUCCAGGGAGCAAAGCAGGAAAUAGACGCAAAAGCAAACUUAUCCCAAGAGUCUGUGAGUUCGAUGACCUGGAUGCACAACUGGGGCUGGAGGAGGAGGAGGAUUCAUUGACACCGGCUGCUAAGAACCUGGAUUCAGUUCCUUUCAGGAAAAAGACCCUGAAGCCUUUCCGGUUUAAAGGAGUAUCCAAAAGGUUGCCAGAUAAUCGUUUCAGACGUAAGCGUUUAAGACUGGCUGGGAAAUACAAGAGAGAGAAGAACUCAACUCCCCAAGAGGCUCCAUACACCGAGGGAGAGGUACAUGAGAAUGGAGUGGCUAGUCCAAGUGAGCCAACGGAAGAUGGGUUGGAUCAUGGGCUCUCCACAUCAAAGAAGAAUCAACCUGAACGAGGUGGAGGAGCUGCCAUGAAGGAGAAUGUGUGUCAGGUGUGUGAGAAGCCCGGAGAGCUGCUGUUGUGCGAGUCCCAAUGCUGUGGUGCGUUCCACUUAGAGUGCCUCGGCCUGGAUGCCAUGCCACAGGGAAAGUUCAUCUGUAGCGAAUGCUCAUCAGGGCUCCACACCUGCUUUGUAUGCAAAGUGUCUGAUGAGAAUGUGAAGCGCUGUUUGGUGGCUCUGUGUGGGAAAUAUUAUCACGAGGAGUGCGCUGUCAAAUACCCUCCCACCACGCAACAUAAUAAAGGCUUCCGCUGCUCCCUGCACGUCUGCAUGACUUGCCAUGCCACCAACCCCAGCAACCCCUCUGCAUCAAAAGGCCGUCUUAUGAGAUGCGUGCGCUGUCCUGUUGCAUACCACGCCAAUGAUUUCUGUGUGGCGGCUGGAACCGUCACCCUUGCUUCUAACAGCAUUAUCUGCCCCAAUCACUUCACGCCUCGCCGGGGCUGCAAGAAUCACGAGCACAUCAAUGUCAGCUGGUGUUUUGUGUGCUCUGAAGGAGGAAGCCUGUUGUGCUGUGAAUCCUGCCCUGCGGCUUUUCACCGUGAAUGUCUUAACAUCGACAUGCCUGAUGGCAGCUGGUUUUGCAAUGACUGCAGAGCUGGCAAAAAACCUCACUACAAGGAGGUGGUGUGGGUGAAAGUCGGGAGAUACAGGUGGUGGCCUGCUGAGGUUUGUCACCCGAAGAACAUUCCUACAAACAUCCAAAAGAUGAAACAUGACAUUGGCGAAUUCCCAGUUCUGUUUUUUGGUUCAAAAGACUAUCUGUGGACCCAUCAGGCCAGAGUUUUCCAUUAUAUGGAAGGUGAUGCCCUCAACAAAGACAAAAUGAGCAAAGGAGUGGAUGCCACCUACAGGAAAGGGCUUAUGGAGGCUGCUGACAGAUUUGAAGAGCUAAAAGCCCAGAAGGAAAUGAGACAGUUGCAGGAAGACAAAAAGAAUGAUAAGAAGCCUCCACCAUACAAACAUAUUAAGGUCAACAGGCCCAUUGGAAAGGUUCAAAUCGUCACUGCAGACCUAUCCGAAAUCCCUCGUUGCAACUGCAAAGCCACUGAUGAAAACCCAUGUGGUCAGGACUCUGAGUGCAUUAAUCGCAUGCUUUUGUAUGAAUGCCAUCCGUCUGUAUGCCCAACUGGGGAGAGCUGUCAAAACCAGGCCUUCUCCAAACGUCAGUACCCGGAAGUGGAGAUCUUCAGGACGUUGAGCAGAGGCUGGGGGCUACGUUGCAAGACAGACAUUAAAAAGGGGGAGUUUGUCAAUGAGUAUGUAGGGGAACUUAUUGAUGAGGAAGAGUGUCGCGCUCGAAUCCGCUACGCACAGGAGCACGACAUAACCAAUUUCUACAUGCUAACUCUGGACAAGGACCGUGUGAUUGAUGCGGGGCCCAAGGGUAACUUUGCACGCUUUAUGAAUCACUGCUGUCAGCCUAACUGUGAGACCCAGAAGUGGACCGUGAAUGGUGAUACUCGAGUUGGACUCUUUGCUCUCUGUGAUGUCAAAGCUGGGACUGAACUAACUUUUAAUUACAACUUGGAGUGUCUCGGCAAUGGGAAGACAGUCUGCAAGUGUGGGGCUCCCAACUGCAGUGGGUUCCUCGGUGUGAGACCUAAGAAUCAGCCACCUGCCUCAGAGGACAAAGUCAGGAAGAAGAAGUAUACUAAGAGAAAAAAAAGUGAGGUAGUGAAGGAGCACGAAGAUGAGUGUUUUAGUUGCGGAGAUGGGGGGCAGCUUGUGUCGUGCAAGAAACCAGGCUGCCCAAAAGUAUACCAUGCCGACUGCUUGAACCUUACUCGAAGGCCUGCUGGCAAGUGGGAGUGCCCAUGGCACCAAUGUGAUAUCUGUAGCAAGGAGGCGGCUUCUUUAUGUGAGAUGUGUCCAAGCUCCUUCUGUAAGCAGCACCGGGAAGGCAUGCUCUUCAUCUCCAAACUGGAUGGACGGUUAUCCUGUACAGAGCAUGAUCCGUGCGGCCCUCAUCCCUUAGAACCAGGAGAAAUUCGGGAUUAUGAAUCCUCUUCUAGCACACACGAUGAUGAUUCUGCAGAACCAUCGCCUUCGAAGAAAGAGACGUUGGACAAAGAUAAGGAGAAAUCCUUAAAUACCUACAAACAAAAUGUUUCCUUAAAAAAGAUGCUGCUGACUCCACCUGUAGCCAGCCCCCAAGAACCUGGGAAGGUUGUGCUAGCCCUUGGGACAAAUUGUAAGCCUUCUGGAAAGGUGUUGGUUGAGUCUUCUGAGCAGAAAAUUGUGCCAGCUGGAAAAAUACUUCUUGCCUCCUCUGGACAGAAGCUUAUCCCUGGGAGGAAAAUCAUUCUGACCCCUGCUGGCCAGAAAUCUUUGCCUGCUGGAAAGCUCCUCCUGACCACUUUGGGGAAGAAAUCUCUACCUGCUGGAAAGGUUUUGCUGGCUUCUUUUAGCAAAAAGCAUCUGUCUGCUGGGAAGGUACUAUUGACUUCUAAUGGGAAGAACACUUCACCAGUUGGUAGGGUGCUUCUGUCUUCUGUGGGGAAGGAAUCUAUAUCUGCAGGGAAGGUUGUAUUGGCAUCAGCGGGAAACCACUCAGCAGCUGCAGGGAAACUGAGGUUGACCUCUACUUUAAAGCCACACUCAGAUGGGAAAGCUUUGGCGGUUGCUGGAGGCGAAGUAUCGGUAGAUAAACCUGAUAAUGUGAAAGUAAUCCAGAGUGAGUCAGACUCUGCCACAACGCUUCAGUCGAGUAAGAGACAGCUGGCUGUUUUCACUAAAGAUAAAUGUACUACACUUUUAAAGAAACCAUUGGCUAAACAGGAACCUAAAAACGUAUGCCAAAAGGACACACCGGAAACUACAUCCUCAAAGGAAACCCCAGUAAGUUCUGAGGAAAGACCCUUAAAUACAGAUGAAGUAGAGCAGCAAAAUACACCUUUAAAGACACCAUCCACGCUUGUGUCUAUAGAGGACCCCAUAAUUACGGUAAAACAGGAAAAGCUUCUUUCCACUAACUCUUUAGAGAAACCAACGAAUCAUACUCAGAAGACUUCUACCCCAGCUCAAAAAGAGAGUCCCACUUUCACCAACAGUCGGUCUCCCUCGACAUCAGAAGCCAAUUCCAUCCAGAAAACCCAAGAGCAGCCCAUAGGCACUGUAGAGAAAUCUUGUACUCCUCCCAUAGAGGAGCCCAAUGGCCCUGUAGAACACUCAUCCCCACCUGUUUCUCCAGAGCCCCUGGAUUCCAGUGAACAUUACUCUGAUGCCGAUUGUCAGUCGCCAACACUAUCCAGCCCUGUUCAGGAUCAUGAUUCGGAAGAGAACUAAAUUAUAUUUGGAGUAUAGAACAAAGCAAGUGACUAUGCUGCAUCUAGUGUGAACUGACAACUGAGGCAUUGGUGGGUUAUUGUGGGAAACAGAGUAUUGUGUGGGAGCUACUGCUUUGUUAUUACUUUUAUGCUCUAACAAGGAUCAGUUGCUGAAUUACUCAUUAUGAAAACGCACAUAACAGGCAAACCUUUCCCCGCUUCAUUUAACACUUUUCCACUGUUAUUGGCCUUUUGAAUCGGAGGCACGUUGGCACAGAAAUCAGGUUUCUUUUGAAAAGCUCCCUUCUGUGGAUGUAUUUGUUGUACAGACAGAUAAUGAUGCUGUAAUGAAGCAUAAUCCAGAAGCAAUAAGGCACUUGAGUUAGUGUGUUAGGUUCAGCAGUUUCUAAUUAUGUUGGAUUCCGUGGCAUGUACAAUAGAGGUGCCUUAUUACAGGGUAUUCCAAUGAAGAGAGGAUGUCAGGGAGUUUUUCAACCUUUUAAGUGCCAGAGGGCUGAACUACUCUGUUCUCCUCUGCGCUAUAAUGGCUCGUACCAAUGGACAUUGAAUGGAGUGUAUGUGGUUUAUUGCCUGGCUCCUGUUACCCGGUACACACAAUGAAUUCAUCCUGCUAGAUUUCAGCGCACUGCAGAGAAUGGCGUUAAGAAGCUUGUGAGGGACCCAGUACAGAUCCGCUCUCCAUGCCUUUGCUGUCAGUGCCAAAAUAAUACUUGAAUGAAUCAGUCGGCUGAAGCGAAUGUCUCCAUUACUAGACCUUAGUGCACAACAGGGCAGCUUCAGCCUACUACUAGAAAUUGCCCAACAGCACUUCUUGCUGGCGAAGGCUGCCCAGGGGCUGGCUCACUGUACUAUAACCUACAUGAUCUGAUUAAAAAAAAGAAAAAUGAUAUUAAACAAUACACCUUCAAAUGUUUCUUGGUAGGUAUUUUACUGUAAGUGUGCAGUACGUGUGAAUCAGUCUACAAGGUUUUAGAAGAAUUUUAACUCGUGUGGAUCUCCAUUACCUCAUGUGGAAAAGGAGGAAUUCGUGUCUGCAGUUUUUAUACAUUAAGUUUUCCGGUUGUCAGGAAAGAAAGCUGUAAAUGGAUUAAUGCAGAAAUAAUCAUUGUGGGUACGUGAGUUGAAAGUGGAUCUAAGGCGACCCCAUCGUUUUGAGAUGAUGGUGUUGGGGGGGGGGGGGUCAGGCUUGGGUACUGACGCUUAGACCUUUUCGGGAUCACAGGCCCUCGCACUCCUACAGAUCUUCCUCUCCACACAUUAAACUCACUUCUGCCUUUGCUAUAACUGAGCAGUCAUAAGCUGGGAAUCAUGGUGCUACAGGCAGCUGUGCUUAAUGUUUUACUGUAUAUUUUUUUUUUUAACAAUUUUUUGUUGUUAGUCUAUGGUGUUGGUGACUGUACCAGUGCCUCAUUGAUGUGACAGAACCAGAGAUUAGUCUUGUGCUGUCUCCUGUCUUACUCCCCUGGUCCUCUGCACAUUUUUAACCUCUGCUCUUUGAGUUUUGGAUCAGGAGCUAGAAAGUCAGGAACGUUUGUUGCAUUUUCUGUCUUUUAUUUUAAAUAAAAUAAUAAAAGCAA